AUGAGCAAUACAAAACAACAAGAAGGCAAGGCAAAACUUCCAUAUGAGUAAACUCAUGAAUAUAAAAAGCUGACAAAGAAAAUCUAAUUCAAAACAGAGGAACUUCAAAGAUUCUACUACGAUAUUUUAGGAGUAGAAAAGUAUCCACUCGAAAAAAUAACUGAGAUGCUAAAUGAUGGAAAGCAUAUCUACUCUAACCUCAGUACCCACUAUUAUCACAGCAGAGAAAAUGAGAUGAAAGAUUAUAUGAGAAGAUUUGCUAUGUAUUAGAAAUACAUAGAAAAAAAGGGAUAUAGUCACGAUAGAGAUAAUGCAAUGGCAAGAGUAAUUAGUCUAAACAGAUUCAACCUAGAUUAUGGCAAUUUAUACCUUCAUAUCUACGCAUUCAUACCAGCGAUUGAAUUACUAGGAUCUGAAGAAUAGGUCAAGUAUUGGGUUCCACUUGCUAACGAUUUCAAGAUAACUGGGUCUUAUGCAUAAACUGAGCUUGGACAUGGCUCUGACGUCUAAGGACUACAAACUUCUGCAACCUAUGACGUCAACACUAAAGAAAUCGUCUUCAACUCACCUACUAUUGAAUCUACAAAAUUCUGGCCAGGAGGCCUAGGAAAGUCUUCGACUCAUGCAGUUGUAUAUGCUCAGUUGAUAUCUUAGGGAAAGAAGCACGGAGUACAUGCUUUCAUAAUCUAAAUCAGAGAUUUGUAAACUCAUAAACCACUUCAAGGAAUUGAGGUCGGAGAUGUUGGAUCUAAAAUUGCUUUGGUCCACAAUGACAACGGUUAUCUAAGAUUCAACAAUUUUAGAGUAGCAAAGAGUUGUCAUCUCUCAAAGUAUGUUGAUCUCUCUGAUGAUGGAACUGUGACUGAGAAAGUAAAAGACAGCACAAGACUUGUCUAUGGCGGAAUGCUUAAGCUUAGAGUGAAUAUAGUAAAGAUAAUUUGA